CAAUCGCAGGUAGAAGAACAUCCACUGGGCGAAAUGAUGUACAUUUGGUUUGUAUCUUUCAAUUUGCUUGCACUGUUUGAUCAGUCAUACGCAAUCGUUAAAUUGACUGUCCAGUUGUCGGCCCUUGCAUUAAAAAGGGAGAACGGAGACGUAACGGUGCUGCACUCGAACGAUUCUUGUCUCCUAUUGAAAACACGCGGUUGGCGUAAUUGGAUUUCUGGACUUUUUGUGGACUGCAAUUCUUCACCCGUCAGAGCGCAGGAGGUUGCUCCGUGGUAUCCCCUACAACUUACAAUGGAUGAGACGAAAUUCCCCGUUGAAUACCACAAGUUAACGACAUUUGCAAAGGAAUGGCAAAUCAACCGUUUACUCAAUGUCGAGGAAAAUAAUUGCUACACUACAGUAAUCCUAGAAAGCGAGCGUCCUAGCCUUGCCACCGGAAAAAGCAACAACACCGGUGGAUAUAUACUAACUGGGCCGACAUGGACAAACGUUUGCCAAACCAGUUGUCUUAUUAAAGUAACGCUUGUCCGUGUGUUGACAAGUAAAAUCCAUAUUAAAGUCCUGUAGAGGACAAGGAUAAAAAUCCACGUUAUAUUCAGGGGCUGGCAGCAUUUCCGUAAACAGCACACGCGUGAAGGUAAUUUUUACACUCUAACUGCACUUCUCAUGUGUUUUUUGUAUAAAUACUCAGCUUCGAAAAUAAGGCAAAUUCGUCGAUGGAAAGUUCUCCGUCAUGAAAUGUUACCGAAUAGGGGGUGAUGUGAAGCAAGGAAGAAAACGAAAGCGAAUCGUGAACUAUAGACUGGUUGUACUGCAAAAAAUCUCAAGUGACGCUAUUAGUGCAGAUGC